AAGUGCGGGCGUCCCUCCUCUCCAGCGACCUAGCCCGGCAUGAGGGAGUGAAGGCAGCGCAUUCGCCAGACAAGAGCGAUGGGUCUCAUCUCAGAGCUGAAGCUGGCUGUGCCCUGGGGCCACAUCGCAGCCAAAGCCUGGGGCUCCCUGCAGGGUCCUCCAGUUCUCUGCCUGCACGGCUGGCUGGACAAUGCCAACUCCUUCGACAGACUCAUCCCUCUUCUCCCGCAAGACUUUUAUUAUGUUGCCAUGGAUUUCGGAGGUCAUGGGCUCUCGUCCCAUUACAGCCCAGGUGUCCCAUAUUACCACCAGACUUUUGUGAGUGAGAUCCGAAGAGUUGUGGCAGCCUUGAAAUGGAAUCGAUUCUCCAUUCUGGGCCACAGCUUCGGUGGCAUUGUGGGCGGAAUGUUUUCCUGCAUCUUCCCCGAGAUGGUGAAUAAACUUAUCUUGCUGGACUCGCCGCUGCUUCUCCUGGAAUCGAAUGAAGUGGAGAAUACCUUGCUGACUACAAGCCGAGACUCAUAGAGGCACAUGCUGCAGGUAGAGGCCUCCCCAGGAGCCCCUCGCGUGUACUCUCAUCCUUCUGUCUCUCCCAGGUUACUGAAGAGCAAUAGCCACUUGAAUGAGGAGUGCGGGGAACUCCUCUUGCGAAGAGGAACCACAAAGGUGGCCACAGGUCUGGUUCUGAACAGAGACCAGAGGAUCUCCUGGCCUGAGAACAGCUUUGACUUCCUCAGCAGGGAGUUGUAUGCGCAUUCCAUCAGGAAGCUGCAGGCCCAUGUCCUGUUCAUCAAAGCAGUCCACGGAUAUUUUGAUGUGAGAAGAGAGAGUUACUAUAGCAAGGAGUCCCUGUCGUUCAUGAUACACAUGCUGAAGUCCACCCUCAAAGAGGUAAGGCGGGGCUCAGGCAGCUGGUGUCCGGCCACUGCCACCCACUCUGGUCCCACCUCACCCAUCUCUUCUCAUGCACUGAGAAGACCCCUGGUCUGGCCCCAGGCCCAACAAGUGACCACCAGGAUCUCUCAGGCCUCGUGCUCCACUGUGGUCAGUCCCUAGAGGCCUGGGGACACAUGUCAUCAGAAUUCAGGAAACAGAGACCUUUGGUGGGGAGAUUCUUUUAUCAUCCUCGAGUACCCACCCUCCUUCCUGGGCCAGACACAAUUAGGUGACCCAACUGCCAGAGGCAGUCCCACAGUUUUUAUUUUUUGAAACAGG